CUGGUUUUGUUUUUUUACCAGCUCUUCACUUGCUGCUCUCAUUUUGAUUCAUUUAUCAGUGAGUUCAUCAUAAGAAGCUGCACAUAUUUUAAAAAAUGAGGACAUUAGAGAUUAAACAGAAAUAAACCUUUUCCCAAAUCUAUUUGAUAAUAGAGUAAUUAAAGAUAAUGUGCACUGUAUUUCUCCACAGGUGUCUUUUUUUGUUAAAUGGUCUCAAAUUUGUUGCAGUCAAUUAAUUCUUCUUGCGCUUUAACCCUCAUUAAACUGUUUGACCACGUAACCAGCACGUUUGAACAAAAAGCAUGUUUCAUUUAAUGCAAAGAUAGUUGUUACUUUUGGACCAAAAUGGUGAAAUGCUUGAAUGUUAUGAAUUGCAGAUAUUAUUUUUAAACUGUAGUUUUUCUCAAAACAUGGAAUGUGGAAGAUUUACCCAUUUUAUUUCUACAGCAGGCAGACUGUCAGGCUCAUAGAGGGAUCUUGUGCGUGUGCUCUUAUUUACCGAGCGUUGAGCUAAUAUUUUAGCAGUCCACCUACCUGUGGGCUAAUCCUUCACCCUUCAAGGUUAGAUUAAGGCCUCGGACAUGCAAUUUGCCACCUAAAUGUUAAACAGCAGAAUGGCAAUGUGUCCACGACUCAUAUCUUGUUUUUGUUUACGUGAUAAAAAUCAACUGUGGGAAGAUGUUAAAUUAUAUUGAUGAUGUUGCUACUUUUACUUGAUCAACAGCACAUUUUAGAAAAAUAUAAAUCCUCAUGUCAUUCCUUUAAUUGCAUCUUGAGGACAUCGUAUAAGAAAAGGUUUUCCACUGUCUUAAUACUUUUCGAUAUGCUGUAGCCAUGCACCGGGACCGCCCACGUUAUGUGAUUGACAGGCCGGCAUAUAACCUGCCAGACUUUGACGUAGAGUUUGACAAAAAAAGUCGACAAUUCCCUGUUGGAGAGAAAGUGAGGAAACUCUUCAGAUGCUCUGUGCUGAGACUGAAAGGCCUGUUGUUCAGACAUCUGCCUAUACUGAGCUGGCUUCCCAAGUAUAAAGUCAAAGAAAACCUGCUGUGUGAUGUCGUCAGUGGGGUCAGCGCUGGCACCAUUCAGGUUCCCCAGGGUAUGGCAUUUGCCCUCCUGGCCAACCUCCCUCCUGUCAACGGUCUCUAUUCCUCUUUCUUUCCCCUCAUCCCGUAUUUCUUCAUGGGCACUGCUCACCAGAUGGUCCCAGGUACGUUUGCUGUCCUCAGCAUCAUGGUGGGGAUGGUGUGUCUGAGGCUGGCCCCAGAGUCGGACUUCAGUCAUUUCAAUGCCACUCUUAAUGCGACAGUAGUGGACACAGACCUGAUGAAUGAGGUUCGCCUGGGAAUAUCUGGAACCCUGGCCUGUCUCACUGCAGUCAUACAGAUUGGCCUUGGCUUCAUGCAGUUUGGAUUUGUAGCCAUCUAUCUGUCAGAAUCCUUCAUCAGAGGCUUCAUGACGGCUGCUGGAUUGCAAAUCCUCAUCUCAGUGCUCAAGUACAUCUUUGGCAUCCAAGUGCCCCCUUAUAGCGGUCCGCUGGCUGUUGUAUAUACUCUUGUAGAUAUUAUACGUGCCCUUGGAGAUACCAACAUCGCAUCGCUAGUAUUCGCUCUGGUCAGCAGCGUAGUUCUUAUUGUGGUGAAGGAGCUGAGUGCACACUACCGCCACAAGCUGCCCUUCCCCAUUCCUAUAGAGAUCGUAAUUGUCGUGGUGGCCACAGCCAUCUCCGGCCCGCUGCAUCUUCCUGAGAUCUAUCACAUGGACAUAGUGGGAGAAAUUCCUUUGGGUUUCCCAGCACCAAUCCUGCCAACAGUGAGUCAGUGGGAAGACAUGUUGAGCACAGCUUUCUCCCUGGCCAUCGUGGGCUAUGUGAUCAACCUGGCUAUGGCCAGGACACUGGCAGCCAAGCACGGCUACGACGUGGAUCCCAACCAGGAAAUGUUGGCUCUAGGCUGCAGCAAUUUCCUGGGGUCCUUCUUUAAGAUCCAUGUGAUCUGCUGUGCCCUGUCUGUUACCCUGGCUGUGGACAACGCUGGAGGGACAUCACAGUUUGCCAGUUUUUGUGUGAUGCUGGUUGUAAUGGUUACCAUGCUUGCACUGGGAGCCUUCCUGAAACCACUUCCAAAUUCAGUGCUCGGAGCCUUGAUUGCAGUGAACCUGAAGAACACUCUCCUCCAGCUCUCUGAUCCCUACUACUUAUGGAAGAAGAGCAAACUGGACUGCUGUGUGUGGGUUGUGUCAUUCUUGGCCACAUUCUUUCUCAGCUUGCCUUAUGGAGUUGCUAUAGGAGUGGGCUUUUCCAUUCUGGUUGUGAUAUUCAAGACACAGUUUCGUAAUGGUUCAGCAAUGGUUCAGAUUAUGGAUACGGAUAUCUACAAAAACCCAAAGGUGUACAGUAAGGUCAUUCCAAUCACAGGUGUGAAAAUAGUGAACUAUUGCUCACCACUCUAUUUUGCAAAUGCUGAAAUAUUCCGCCAGAGGGUCAUCAAAAAGACCGGGCUGGACCCUGACAAACUGAUCCUGGCCAGGCGGAAGUUCUUAGAGAAAGAACAGAAGGAGAAAGUGAAAGAAGAGAAGAAGGACAAGGAGACCAGAAGGAGGAAAUCCAGAUCUCUGGUUAACAUGAAGGCUCAGACCAUAUCUCAGCUUGAACUUCAAAAUGACUUUGAUAUGAACGACGGCACUGCCAACAAACCGGAGCCGUCCACCAGCUAUGUCAACUUCCGCUGUAAUGACAUUGAGCCGGGCGAGCAGGCGCCGGACCAAGAGCCACCCAGUCCCACGCUGGAGUCCCACCCCAUGCCCUUCCACACCCUCAUCCUCGACUUGGCAGGGGUCUGCUUCAUAGACCUAAUGGGCAUCAAAGUAUUGAUGAAGAUGAACUUGAGCUACGCGAUGCUCGGCAUUAAAUUAUACCUGGCUAAUGUUCAAGUCCAGGUGUAUGAAGAGCUGGAGGUUGGAGGAGCUUUCGAUGACGGCAAUAUUGACCGCAGUAAUCUCUUCCUUUCCGUCCACGAUGCUGUUGUGUUUGCUAAGCAGACCGAUGGAGAGAGGCAAGUCUCCUCAAAGGCAGAGACAGCGAGACAGAAACUUGCCAUGACCGUUAAUGAGGAGAAGGAUCUGGAGCAGGAACUGUUUUGAGCACUGAUUGCUGCAGUGAAGAUGAGCAGAAGAAACAUGCAGAAGAUGCUAUCAGUUUAACUUGUUGUUGCCAAAAAAUACUCCCCGUGCUCAUCUCUUUGCAGACUAUCGAUUAUCUGAAUAAAAUGUUUUACUCGUG